UUUAUCCUCAACAGAACCAAUCGUCCAUUUGUUCUUCUGCACAAUCUCUCACACUUCUAUUUCUCCCUCUCUUUUCACAAGGGAAGGGUGUAGAAGAAACCAAAAAAAAACUUAAACAAAAGAGUAAUAAUAUAACUCAAAAAACCAAAAAAAAAAUAAUAAUAAUACAGAAUGGGUGGUGUCAAGUUGUUAUUCAUCUUUGGUCUCUUGAUCUUAGCUAUGGUAGCUAAAUCCGUCAAAGCGACCUACCCAUUGACUAAAUCUUGCAUCAAUGGACAAGGUUGCAUCGGAGAUGAUGAUGAACUUGAAUCUCUAAUGGAUUCAGAGACAAACCGUCGUCAGCUCGCUAGAGGACGUCGUUACAUUGGCUAUGAUGCUCUCAAAAAGAACAAUGUGCCUUGCAAUAGACGUGGCCGGUCUUACUACGAUUGCAAGAAGAGGAGAAGGAACAAUCCUUACAGACGUGGAUGCAGUGCGAUCACGCAUUGUUAUAGGUACGCUAAGUGAGAACAAAAUGAUAGAGAGAGGAUGAUUUGAUUCAACAACGUUCUAUCUUUAUUCUUCAUUCUUGAUCGUUAAUGAUUUCCUUUCUUAACGUACCCUAUGUUAUACGUAUGAUUUCUUAUGUCUUUUUUUAUUUAAUCAUCAUCAUGAUGCAUAUAAGCUUUUGAUACGUUGAUAUAUCGCCUAUUUUCCUUUGUUGUUGUCUUUCCAUUUCGUUUCGUUCAUAUAUUAAGUUCCGUUUGUCUAUUAUAUACAUCAUGAUGUUUUUGUAUUUCUACAAUUAAGCAUUUGUUUAUAUACUACGCCUUAAUUGGACC